AUGAUGGGCUCCGUGCUCCCGGCUGAGGCCCUGGUGCUCAAGACAGGGCUGAAGGCGCCGGGGCUGGCGCUGGCAGAGGUCAUCACCUCCGACAUCCUGCACAGCUUCCUGUACGGCCGCUGGCGCAACGUGCUGGGCGAGCAGCUCUUCGAAGACAAGAGCCACCACGCCAGCCCCAAGACAGCCUUCACCGCCGAGGUCCUGGCGCAGUCCUUCUCGGGCGAGGUUCAGAAGCUGUCCAGCCUGGUGCUGCCGGCCGAGGUGAUCAUCGCGCAGAGCUCCAUCCCCGGCGAGGGCCUGGGCAUCUUCUCCAAGACGUGGAUCAAGGCGGGCACCGAGAUGGGCCCCUUCACCGGCCGCGUCAUCGCCCCGGAGCACGUGGACAUCUGCAAGAACAACAACCUCAUGUGGGAGGUGUUCAACGAGGAUGGCACGGUGCGCUACUUCAUCGACGCCAGCCAGGAGGACCACCGGAGUUGGAUGACCUACAUCAAGUGCGCGCGGAACGAGCAGGAACAGAACCUGGAGGUGGUCCAGAUCGGCACCAGCAUCUUCUACAGAGCCACCGAGAUGAUCCCUCCAGACCAGGAGCUGCUGGUGUGGUAUGGAAACUCACACAACACCUUCCUGGGCAUCCCUGGCGUGCCCGGGCUGGAGGAGGAGCAGAAAAAGAACAAGCAUGAGGACUUCCACCCGGCGGACCCGGCGGCUGGCACCUCGGGCCGCAUGCGCUGCGUCAUCUGCCACCGCGGCUUCAACUCGCGCAGCAACCUGCGCUCGCACAUGCGCAUCCACACGCUGGACAAGCCCUUCGUGUGCCGCUUCUGCAACCGCCGCUUCAGCCAGUCGUCCACGUUGCGCAACCACGUGCGCCUGCACACGGGCGAGCGCCCCUACAAGUGCCAGGUGUGCCAGAGCGCCUACUCGCAGCUGGCCGGCCUGCGCGCCCACCAGAAGAGCGCGCGCCACCGGCCGCCCAGCGCCGCGCUGCAGGCCCACUCGCCCGCGCUGCCCGCGCCGCACGCGCACGCGCCCGCGCUCGCCGCCGCCGCCGCCGCCGCCGCCGCCGCCGCGCACCACCUGCCGGCCAUGGUGCUGUGA